AUGUCGCAACAAGGCCGCCUGGACCUCUCCCAGAUUCCAAUCGAGGUUCUACUCGAUAACAUUCUACCUCUCAUACCAGUACCAGACUUGCUUAAUCUGGCCCGUUGUAGCAAGGUGGAUGGACUUCAACUUUUCAGGGAAGGAUACGGCCCGUACAAUGACAAGACCAACGGACGACUGGGACUUCCAAACGUUCCUAAAUCAGUGAUACGAGACGGAGUUCCAUAUCCAACACAGAUCCCGUUUUCUGCACGUAUUGUCAGCUUGGUUGCGGGAGGCAUGUCAUUUCAUGCUCUCGACUCUGAGGGUAAUGUUUAUGUUUGGGGCAGUCUUAAUGGGGCGCCGGGGACGGCACAUGCAUCUGACAGUCAUGGAUUUUCGAGUAGCUGGAAAUCAGCAAGGAUACCUCAUCGUCUGAGGCUACCAUCACCCAUCCGCAGUAUCAGUUGUGGACGCCUGCAUUCGUCAUUUCUGGAUCGCACAAACAAGAUUUGGACAUGUACAAAUUGGGGCCGACCCUUCUGGUUAUCAUCUCCCAUUCUGACGGAUCCUGAUUACGCUCCGAAACAGGUUGAAUGUGGAUGGAUGUUCUCUUCUCUUCUGACGAAAUCAGGUGCUGUCUUUGUCUGGUGGCCGUUCUCAGGUUCAAUGGGAGAAGCCAUCCAACAGAAAAUGGAGGAGAUGAAUUCCGAAGGCGACAAAAAAGCUUAUGCCACUGAGGAUAAUCUAAUUCCGUGCAUUCCAUGGGGUGUGGACAUAAUGCCCACCCGCUUGCCACCUAUACCCACAUUACCCGAGCUAGCGAACACUACCAACACAAACACAAUGACGGAGCUCAUCCAGAUUGCCGCUUUUGACAACCACAUUGUCGGAUUGACAAACUAUGGACAUGUUCUGAAAUAUGGUUCACUGCACGACGAAAGCGGCGUUCCAUUCGGGCGCUGGGAAUAUCUCCCGCAAUUCAGCGAAGUCGACUCUCUUAAAAUACAUACAACUUUCUCAGGAAGAACCACUGAUUCCGCGAAGCUCGAGGCUCCUCAUACAAUUCAAAUCACCCAUUUAUCUGCCAACUUCCUUCAUUUCGUUGCCUAUUCCACUGGAUCUUCAUCUAUUGUUCUUGUCGGGGACACCGAUACAAAACCAGACACACCGCCAAAAAUAAUUCCGGAGUUGCAGAACAAAUCGAUCAUCUCUGUAGUCAUUGGUGACUAUCAUAAUGCCGCUUUAACGGCUAACGGUAAAUUGUUAACUUGGGGAUCAUAUUCGAAUGGUGCGUUGGGUUUGGGAGACCCACUCAAACUCGAACUCGGCACACCUGGGGCGUUCGCGAACAGAGAGGAACUCGAAUUAGCGAAGGCGAGAAGAUUCGGACAAAGAGUACCACCUGUAGUAAAUACACCAACCGAGGUCAGGUUCGACCAUAACAGUAAAAAGCCCAGAGAACGAUUCUGCUUUGCCGCAACGGCCGCCGGAUGGCAUACAGGUGCUCUGGUAAUAGAUCUUGAGUCGGGGGAUGACGAAGCGGAGGAGGAACAAAUGCGACACGAUUCUGCGGAAGCGCCGAGUCCGAGUGCGUCAGCUAGACGGCAGUGGGAGACACCUCCCAUCCUACCUCUCUCAGGAAUUUUCCGCAUCGGACACGCUGGACGCGGUAACUUUGGGGGCGGGUUGGGUGGAAUACAUCCUCGAGGCCGUAACGAUGGGGAUACUUCAUAA